CAUCACCAAUUUUUAGAGAGAGAAAGAGAAAUAAUUUUUAGAGAGAGAGAGAGAUGACCACAAAGCCGAGCCCUGGUAAUGACGAGCCAUUUGUAGAUAUCCAUGAACUCUACACUGAAGAAGUAAGAGAUAAGGAAAUGAAGCCAGAUAAAUAUUGCAGGAUCCAUAAAGACAAAGGUCAGCAUCAUAUAGGCAAGAACCAUCAUCAUCAUCACAAUGGCGUCAAAUUCACCAGGCAAGUCUCUCUAGAAACCGGAUUCUCUGUGUUCGGUAACUGCACGAAGAAGGAAGAGAGGAGGAGUAAGCUUUUGACGAGAAGCGGGAACAGUUUUGGAGAGUUUCGGGGCGCUGCGAGAGUUACCGAUGUGAGGAGAGGGGAAUUCAACUUGUUUAGGACUAAAACCACACUCAGUAGGCAAAAUUCUUUGCUUCCAUUGAGAAAAUUAGCGGAGCAAGAUGUGCACCACCACCACCCACCGCUUCCACAGGCUGAAGAAGAUGUUGAUUUGGAAGUACCCGCCGGAAGGUACUUUGCGGCCCUGCAAGGGCCCGAGCUCGAUGAAGUCAAGGAUUCGGAGGACAUACUCCUUCCAAAAGAUGAGCUGUGGCCUUUCCUCCUCCGCUUCCCGAUCGGUUGCUUCGGUAUCUGUCUCGGUCUCGGUAGCCAAGCCAUCUUGUGGAACACCCUCUCCACCAGCCCCGCCACCCGCUUCCUCCACAUCCCCCCUUACCCCUCGCUCGCCCUCUGGCUUCUCGCCCUCAUGACCCUCAUCGUCGUCUCCUUCGCUUACAUUCUCAAGUCGGCCUUUUACCUCGAAGCUGUACGCCGAGAAUACUACCACCCGGUCCGAGGAAACUUCUUCUUCGCCCCGUGGAUUGCUUCCAUGUUCUUGGCCAUUGCUGCACCGCCCCUCCUCACGCACGGUCCCCCUCACCCCGCCCUAUGGUGCGUACUGAUGACCCCAGUGUUUUUGCUCGAGGUUAAGGUGUACGGGCAGUGGCUCAGCGGAGGGAAGAGGAGACUGUGUAUGGUUGCAAACCCCUCGUCUCAUCUCUCGGUGGUCGGAAACUUCGUCGGGGCAAUAUUGGCUGCUAAGGUUGGGUGGGAGGAGGCCGGAAAGUUCUUUUGGGCAGUUGGGUUUGCACACUAUUUGGUUGUGUUUGUGACUUUGUAUCAGAGGUUGCCCACAAGCCAUGUUUUGCCAAAGGAGUUGCACCCUGUAUACUCCAUGUUUAUAACUGCACCAGGUGCAGCGAGUGUAGCAUGGGAGGCCAUCUAUGGUGAGUUUGAUGGGAUGGCAAGAACCUGCUUUUUUGUGGCUUUGUUCUUGUAUCUCACACUCGUCGUUCGCAUCAACUUUUUCAGGGGAUUCAGAUUUUCGGUCGCAUGGUGGUCUUAUACAUUCCCUAUGACAACAGCAUCAGUGGCCACAAUCAAGUAUGCAGAGCAAGAGCCAUGCGUGCUCAGCCAAGGGCUUGCAGUCGCACUCUCGGCUCUAUCAACAGCAAUGGUUUCGGUCCUUUUAGUGUCCACACUACUCCAUGCCUUCAUAUGGGGCUCAUUGUUCCCAAAUGACUAUGCCAUUGCAAUAACAAGACACAAGGUUGGAGUUAAGGGCAAAGCCAAGACCAUCCGGAAGGCGGCCAAUGGCAUCAAACGAUGGACAAGGAGCUCAUCCUUGGCCCUGGUUUCUUCCGUGGCCAAGAACCCAUUUGAAAAAGAUGCAAGUGGAGGAAAGGUCUGAGUCUCUCGCUAUGGUAGAAAGGAAAUGGCAACAUUGGAAUAAGAUAGGCCAUAGGAAGGAUCCCAUGAAUAUAGUUGAAUAAAUCGA